AUGGCUAAUUCUAAUUCACAAGAUGAAGAAAACGCAGUGGCAUUGCCCGCCACAGAAAGAAUAGAGCUCGGAGUUGGCGUUUCCCUACAGCCACCCCUUUCGCGAAGGGGACACGGACCUGGAUUGAUCGUCGUAGUUCCUGAGGGCUCACUGCAACAACAUAUCACGUCGGAUUUGCUCCCGCCGCUACAAAAAUGGGCAGAGGAGGGUUUUGCUGUGGUAGAGAUACAGGCCGACGCGCUCGAUAUCGAGGAGGAUGCUGGGAAGGUCCUAGGGCGGGCAAUUGCCGGGUUGGAGCAGUGUUCAUCCUGCGAGGGGGAUAAGGUGGCAUUGGUAGUCUAUCAAUCUAUGCUAUUGAACAAGAUCGAGCCGGCGUUGCCAUCGAAUAGCAACAUUGUAGCCGUGGUCGUCUAUGGGAGCUCCCAUAUUCUAACACCUACGCUCAAGACAACCUCGACAGUCCCAUAUGCGUAUCAUCUAGCAGGUACAACAGGGAUCAAGAGCAAGCCGACAGAUAUCGUUUCCGUAUACGAAUACCCCAAAGCCUCAUCUCCUCUCUUCGCCUUCCCCGGCCAUGACGGCUUCCACCCGACUUCCGAAUCUGUCUCCCAUUCACGAAAUCUAACGUUUCUGAAAAAGCACGUUGGAGCCCCAUCUUUCGACCUAGAGGCAAUAUGGGAGGAACAUACACACUACGAGUUUGGGGACCGCUCCGUUGCAAAGACUAUGGGGACGAUGGUCCAGGAGCCAUAUAUGACCGGAGGCAUUGGACGGGAGAGACUAUCAAAUUUCUACCGACACCACUUUAUUUUCAAUAACCCGGCCGAUACAGAGCUGGAGCUUGUUAGCCGCACGGUGGGCAUAGACAGGAUUGUGGACGAGUUCGUCUUCAGUUUUACGCAUAACAUGCAGAUUGACUGGCUUGUACCGGGAAUCCCGCCAACCGGUCGACACGUGCGCAUCCCCUUUACCUCCGUCGUCAAUGUCCGGGGCGACCGAUUAUAUCACGAACACAUUGCCUGGGACCAAGCUUCUGUAUUAGUCCAGCUCGGAUUGAUGCCUGAAUACCUGCCUUUCCCGUAUACAUUACCAGAUGGCACGAAGCCUGGGCCGGGGAAAAUGUUCCAGUAUAGGGUCCCCGCUGCAGGGGUCGAUACUGCGAGGAAGAUACUAGAUAAGAAUAGCGUUCCGUCGAAUGAUAUGUUUAACUUUGAGGUUAGGGAAGUUGAUGAUAAAUUUUCUAGUUAA